CGUCGAAGCCAAGAAUCGUGAACAGGAGACUGUUUUAGUUGGAUUAUAUGCUCCUUAGCGACAUGGUAAGUUGCUAGAAUUAACCGGGAACGUGAAUCGAUGCUUCUUUUCUUUUAAAAGCCAAUCAUCAAACAUCUCACUCAGGAAAGAGUGGGGCCGUAAAUGAACAUGACAACCCGUCGUUAUGUCGCAAACCUCGUCCUGUUUUACGACUCUCUAGCUGUGUUACAUACGGCAGAUGUAACGCUCCGGUAGAAGCCCUGCGAUUGGCUGAACUAAACUAGUUCCUUCCCCAAUAACCCCCAGUAUUGGGGGGUUGGUUCAGUAAAGUGUACACAAAUUUAAUCAAUUAUUAAUUUACGCCGUUAUCAACCAGCAUUCGACCGUUUAGAGACAUCAUAUCAACUUUAUCCUAACGGAAUUUGAAAAUGUAUGCGACGUGCUUGUUGGUGGAUUACUGAAAUCGUCGGUGGAAGAAAGACCAAAAGAAAAAAAAACAACAACUCAAAGAGAUUUGAGUCUGGAGUGAGGAAAGAUUUUUGAACUCCUAAGCUUUCAGAAGAUGUGUGUUUCAGCAAAAAGAUUCAUAAUGUGUGAAAUAUUCAGAAGAAAGUGGGUUAAACAUGAAGAAAGUUGAAACAAGUUAAUGAAUCUUCUUCGUAUCCUGAUGCAUCUCCCCUAACAAGACGUACAAGGAUGCUACACCAUCACUGUAGAAGGAACCCCGAGCUGCAAGAAGAACUACAAAUUCAGGCCGCUGUAGCAGCAGGAGAUGUUCACACGGUGCGUAAGAUGUUGGAGCAGGGGUACUCUCCCAACGGCCGAGAUGCCAAUGGUUGGACCCUACUUCACUUCUCCGCUGCACGAGGGAAAGAGCGAUGUGUCCGGGUAUUUCUGGAACAUGGAGCUGAUCCUACAGUGAAAGACUUAAUUGGAGGCUUCACCGCUCUGCAUUAUGCUGCCAUGCACGGCCGGGCACGGAUUGCCCGCUUGAUGUUGGAAUCCGAGUACCGAAGUGACAUUAUUAAUGCCAAAAGCAAUGACGGUUGGACUCCCCUUCACGUUGCAGCCCACUACGGAAGAGACUCGUUUGUCAGGCUCCUGCUGGAGUUCAAGGCCGAGGUCGAUCCGCUUAGUGAUAAAGGCACUACGCCGCUUCAGCUGGCCAUUAUCAGGGAACGCUCCAGCUGUGUGAAAAUCCUCUUGGACCACAAUGCCAACAUCGAUAUCCAGAAUGGCUUUCUGCUGCGCUAUGCCGUGAUCAAAGGCAACCACUCGUACUGCCGCAUGUUUCUCCAACGAGGGGCAGACACGAAUCUCGGCCGUUUAGAAGAUGGCCAGACACCCUUGCACUUAUCUGCUCAAGAUGACGUUCUUUGUGCUCAGAUGUUGUACACCUAUGGGGCAGACACUAAUACCCGAAAUUAUGAGGGACAGACCCCACUUGCUGUGUCUGUGAGUAUAUCAGGUGCAACCCGGCCAUGUCUGGAUUUUCUACAGGAAGUCACAAGGCAGCCGAGAAAUUUACAGGACCUGUGCCGGAUAAAAAUUCGACAGUGUAUAGGUCUUCAGAAUUUAAAACUGCUCGAGGACUUGCCAAUUGCCAAGGUCAUGAAAGACUUUCUAAAACACAAGUUUGACAACAUCUGAUUCCUGCAAGCUACACCGACAAAGGAACACUGCAUCCGUGGGAGAACGUUAUCUUUGAUGUGAUGUAUAUCCUAUGCAAUUUCUGAUUUUUAAUUCAGAGCUCGGGUAUACUGUUUUUAUGUCAAAUAUUGUAAGUCUUGCUCUUUUUUUUUUUUUUUUUUUUUUUUUUUUUAAUCCAAGUUUUACAAAAAAAAAAAAAACCACACAAUCAAAAGCUAAAUUAUAAAGGUAUCCCCCCACCACCCACCCACUACCACUUUAAAAGGGAAGAAAAACAUCUGAAGGUAGGUUUGAUAACGAUAGCUUAAAGCUGAAUGUGUUCUUUUAAUGGCUCCUUUAUUGUGUUUUUAAAAGUAUACCACACCGGUUUAUUACUAACUGGCAUUGCAGUUGACGUUUGUUCAACGUAGGCCAACAAUGAAUUCUGAAUUGUUUUACUAUUGUUAUUAACUCAACAGACAUAAGCUAAAUUUCAUUUUACAAAUCUUAGUAGUGAGUGAAGUCAAAGUAUGUCAUUUCUACUCGUUUCAAACUUUUUUUCCCCCCUUGCUAUUGUUAAAAGUGCGACCGAUUUACAUUUGAUUGCUUUUGUUUCGAUAGGUUAGAGCAUUGUACAAAUGCUCCUUGAUUACAUUGUAUUAAAAAUAACUUUUUAUUAGAAGGAGUAAACAAUGAAGUGGUCACAACCUCCAAAGAAAUCAGAGAAGGCUAUGAGAGGUGCAUCCAUCCACCCCGGGAGCUCCACACACACACACGACGACACAGACACGGCACUUCAGCGGCCAAUCGUUUCUAACCUUUCCCAAAUAUUCCGUUGUGAUCCAAGACGUGAAAAUUUUAUGUACAGUAUUUUUGAAGGAAGCAAAAUGUUUUUAUAAGCCUCAUUUGCAUUGUUGUAUCUUGAACUUUACGGUAUAAAUUAUACAUAGUUGAUCUAUUUUUGUGUGUCUGCAAAGAGAGAGGAGGGUUUUUUGUUUUGGUGGGUGUAUGUGGAGGGGUUAUUUUUAUUUUAUUUUAUUUUUUAUUAAUAUUUAAUUUCCCACAAUCCAGAUUUUGGUUCUGCAUUCCCAUUGGGUGGUCAUUAAUUAAUACACGGACCAAUAAUUAGUUUGCAAAUUCUUCAAGUCUUAAAAAGAGUUUCCAAAUAGCACAAUGUUAGAAUAUUGUUAUUGUCGGAGCUAUUUUCUUCACCCAUACGUAUGUAUAUAUAUAUAUAUUUAUAUAUAUAUAUAUAUAUAUAUAUAACCUUUUUUUUGUUUCUUAUCCUACAUAUUUUUAUUAUUUUUAUACCAACAUGAAGUUAUAUUAACAUGUAGUUGCCCAUAUUAAUCUCCCCCACGUUAUUCAUUUCUCUUAAUAUUUUAGUUAUAGAUACUUUGGCAUCAGUUACCAAGUAUAGACAAUAGGUUUUUUGUCUUUAAAACUGGCAAGAAUUAAUGUAAAUACUUGUGUUAUAAAUGUACAGCAGAUAUUUUUUUAAAAUUAUUUAAAUUGCUACAGUUCUCAACUACAUUAGUAUCAAAAUGUAUGGGAAAUAUGAUUGUACUGGGGGGCGUCUUGUGCUUUUUCUGACGUGGGUUCUUUAGUGAGUGUGUGUUUGUGUGUGCGUGCACAUAUGUGCUCAUGCAAUGACAAAACAGUAUGAGAUGAUUAACGUAAACAAGAAAAAAAUAAUAAUAAUAAAAGUGUCCCAAGCGAGAGUCGGAAAGGUCCUUCAUUUUGAUUCAAUAGUUGUCAGGAAGUGUAGUCACAAAAUAACGGGACCAUGUCUUUUUUUUUUUUUUAAUUUAAUUUAAUUUUCUUUCCCCUAAACAAAACUAUGUUCUUUUUUUUUUUUUUUUAACCUGUUUGCAUUAAAAUGUAAUUAAACCUGCCCUUCUAGUAGUACGUUAUCCAGUGUCACCCUUUUUGUCCCAUGCCUCUUUUUUUUUUAAUUUUUUUUUAAUUUUCUUUUUAAUAAUUCAAGGUAAAUGUAAAAGUGGCCGACGUGAGGAGGCUGUGGUUUGCCUCGCCGCUCGAGGGCCCCCGGUUCCGUUCUGGACUCUUUCAAUGUCAGGGUGGAGUUUACACUUUCUACACGUGUGUGUGUGUUUGGGUUUUCUAUGGGUACUUUGGUUUCCUCUCAUAUCCCUGGCCCGUUAGACAAAUUGGCCUCUCUAAACCUGGUUGGUUUGGGUGAGCGUGCCAUGCAAAAGAUUGGCGUUCUAUUCUAGGCCAGCUCCUGUCAUGUGCUGCUGGGAAAGACUAAAACUUUCUGCCAUCCACUAAUUGAAAACUGGAUCUCAAAAAAAUUAAAAUAUCCCUGGCCCGUUAGACAAAUUGGCCUCUCUAAACCUGGUUGGUUUGGGUGAGCGUGCCAUGCAAAAGAUUGGCGUUCUAUUCUAGGCCAGCUCCUGUCAUGUGCUGCUGGGAAAGACUAAACCUUUUUGCCAUCCACUAAUUGAAAACUGGAUCUCAAAAAAAUUAAAAAUAAAACUGUGUGUGAAAGCCAGCACCCUAAACAAGAACCUAAAAUCUGAAAAUGUGAUAGAUUGUCUUUUCGCUUGCCCUCGGUGCCAUAGUCUUCUCACUUAAAUGUUACCUUUUCUAUCUUUUUUUGUAUAAUUUGCAUAUCCGCUUAGCCGUGAGGGUCCACAUAACAUAAAUGUUGCAUGGAUAUGCAAGUCUGCGACCACAUGCUUCCAGAUUUUUGUGUCCGCACGGUCCUGUGUACGUCAACUGUGCAUGCACAAGACAACAAAACAUGGACACUUCCGAAGGGGAGGCUAUGUAGAACAGGGUGUGCCAUUUCCUCCUGUGACCGUAGCCACGUCUGCAGCUGUUUCAGUUUUGUAAUUUAAAUGUUCUUUGAGAUUAAUAGAUUCCAAUAAAGUCACUCUGAUCUGCUGUUCCAGCUGGAGUGAGCAAAAAUUAUAAAGCUUCACUCUAAGACCAAACCGGCAGUCCCUUAGGGCUAUGUCACAUUAGGCAACUUUUCCAGCGAUUUUUCCAUCGUAGCCUACAUAAUACGUAGCUUCAGUGAAGUCAGUCAUCUAAUGUGAUAUACCCAAAGACUGAGACCAACGAGUCUGCAACUGGCUAGGAUAAAAUCAAACCGGUUUGAUUUUCUCUGGUCGGAUGGGUGGGCUCCUUGCAUCCAAUGAAGGUGCACCUGGAAGUAUAAUACAUAGAAUGUACCACUAAGGAAUAAGGAACACACGUAUUUUGAACCUCAAAAAUACAGAAGAGAAGCUCGUCUGUCUGAUUUCUCAUGUUUUACAUGACAACCCUUCAUACAUCACCAGCUCGGUCAAGCAGCACGCUAUUGGCGGUCAAAUCAAGAAUCGAGCAUUCGGUAAGGCAGCACGCUAUUGGCGGUCAGAUCAAGAAUCGAGCAUUCGGUAAGGCAGCACGCUAUUGGCGGUCAGAUCAAGAAGUGAGCACAAUAACGCUGGCAAAUGUGACUUGGGCUUCAAUAAUCAGUCGUGAAAUUUGACAUGGUGCAGUGAUGAGAUCAGCAACUGCAAUCGGCAAAAUCUGACCUACCACACGACAAAAACUUGCGUAAUGUGACAUCGCCCUAAAACAUACAGACUGGCUGUUCUGCAGUUAACAUUCUAGGAAAAAUAGCUGGAAAAAUGGACGUAUUUAUACCCACAAAGAGAUGAAAACGAGCAGCCACCGUGUUUCUUCAAGAAAAUUCGUUUAAGCAAAAAUUAUGAAAACGGUACAGAUGUUUUUGGACCUGCGUGUAUGUAGUCCAGCAGGUUGUAAAUUCUGCUUCAUUGUCCGAUUCAAUGAUAACAGAACCUUCCAGAACUCUCACACUAUUGAGUUACGCAGAAGUACGGCAAGCAAAAAUGUAUCUCUUAAAUAGUGGCAUAAAGUAAGGGGCUGAAGGUGUACCAGGAGCCGAAAUCUUCAUCAGUACGUCAGAAUUGCGGUAUGGAGUUGCUUGAUAUGUGGUGUCGGUUGUGGACAUGGUUGGGCGUCUAGAAAUGGAUGGAGAAGUUCAAAAGUAUUAAACACUCCAAUGUGGUUAACCACGGUCUCCUUAUCUAUGGAUUUUGGGCUCCUGGCACACCUUCAGCCCAUAAAAAGCAAAUCCCUGCACGCGGCUCUACUUUGGAGAGAACGUAGCGGUUGUGCGUGCUCCUAGAGAAAAAGCGAGAGAAACGGGCUGAUUAAGGUCGAAAGUUGACCACAGACACAGCAAGCACCUUGAGUGUGGGAAAAGCUGUCUAUAAAUAAGAUGCGUUAUCAGUAUUAUAUGUCCUUAGGGAAGGGGCGGAGUCUAUCUCUGCAGCAUGUGACACGCUGAAGGAUAAAUGAGAAAAUGAAAUAACUGAAAUGAGCGAAUGAAUAACUAAACAUUAAUGUUUUGUUUUUGAACAUUCUGUCUUAUUUUAAAACCAUUGUGCAACUUCCAUGCCUAACUUCUAGGAUGAUUAGACAGUAACGUGGCAUAAACUCGUUUAAUCCAGUUCACGAUUGGCAAUAUUGCGUUGCAAGGCAGGAACCAACCCUGAACGGGGCACCAAUGGACUGAGUGGGGGGAAAAAAUUGAUGGAGCUGCUUUUCUGAUGGCAGUACGGUAUUUGGUCUCCUGCCAUUGGGAGUUUUACAAACGAUUGUGUCAACUGAGGCGACAUCCACACUGUUAUAUUUUCAUUUCAAAACUUGGACAUUGGGCUUCGUUUUUGCCUUUCGUUCACACUAACACGGUGUUUCAACCCUGGAGAAUUCUGAAAAUGUCCGCUAGUGCUGUACGUGACUGAAAUCACCGGUGUGGAUUGGUGGAAAUGGAGAGUUUCGAAAACUCCGACUCUGAUUGUGCUCGGAUUGGUCUGUGCUUACUCCGUGUCCCUUCCCUGAUUGGAUCACAAACAUCUCAUUCCCUGAUUGGCCAACCUUUACUGAAGGAAACCAAGCUCCAGCCUAACAGACAUAGAGGAGUUGCUUUCCAUGGUGCUUGUGAAGCUAACUUGCCUGCAUCUAAAUUGGUGUUUUGUACAGUGUGAAUGCUGCAUAAAUCCGCAAAAGGCAAAUAAUUUUACCAGUCGCUACAGUUUUGCAAUAAAUCCAGUGGCCAGUGAAGCAGCCAUCCUUUCAAGGAGGACAGUUCCUUUUGCCCACAGCUACAUCAUAUGCGUUUUCGGACAUUUUAGUGUGGGCAGAGAUAAACUUUUAUAAAAAUUGUAAAACCACAAGUGUGGGCGGAACAUCAUUUUUACUUAAAAACGUUGUUUUUAAAUGAAAAACGUAGCAGUGUGGACAUAGCUUUAGAUUUCAGUCUUUGAAACUCACCUCCUGGGUUUGGAAACAAAGAAACAAGAUGCUGAAUUAAGUCUUUGCUAGCUGAUUGUCAUGCUUGUGGUCUGUGGAUUUAUCAUCAGAAGUAACAUUUCGCAUCUCAUGUUCGUCUCAUGAAAGAGUCAUAAAGAAAUAAUAAAACGCAUGCGAGUGUAACAUUCAUCCAUCCAUUUUACUGAAGCAGCAGGGUUGUAGGGAAAUGGGGGCCUAUCCCAGCAUGCAUUGGGCACACAAGGUAGGUACAAUCUCUGCAUGAUGGGCCAUUCUCCAGCCUGACAAACGCCAUCCACAGACACCCUUGGAAGCUUCCAAUGAUCGGGUACCUCGUCCAGAACUGGUUUCCAUCUCAGUGCUCCCAAGAUAGGCCCCCCCCCCUUUCCCAAAAUGCUGCUGGAAUUUAAAUGGGUUUAAAUAAUGGGGUAUUAAGUUUGUUUGUUUUUUUUUCCUCCCCAAAAAUCCCCCCAAGAAAAAUGUAUGUUUGAUUGUCUUUCAUUCUUGUUGUAAAUUCCUAAUGUUCUCCUUCUCCUCUCCCCCCACUUCUUUUUCGCACAAAGUUUCGGACUCUGGAUACUAUUCGGUCACUUUGAAUAACUGAAGGGCUUCAGAAUAAUAGCAAAACCUAAAACUUGAAAGGGGAACGUCGAUCGGCCUUUCUUCGGAUAUUGUGCUGCUUCUGGCUGCCAGGACACAAACUAGACCUCUGUAGACAUUAAAAACUCGAAAAACCUCAAUACCAAUCGGUCUUCUGAAGUCUUCCAGACUAUGAUUGUCAAGAUAAAAAAAAAAAAAAGGGUGACGGGGGUCUUAAAUAGUGCAACAUGUGUGCAUAUUUGUAAAAUGUAAGAAUUUUUGUGAAUUAAAACAAGAAAAAGUGAAUUCUAA